AUGAACGAACUAUUCAACAUAAUCAGCCGACAAUCACAAUACAUUAAGUUCACGAAGGUAGUACCACGCGAUGACGCGCUCACAUUCGUGGACGCACAUGUCGGAAUAUCAGCUCCAAAAGCAUCCUUCUCUGCGCAAAGUCUGCACAUCCCCGGGCUGUGUAGAAAGCUCGUAUUCGUAGCAUAUAUUGAACCGCUAUUGGGGGUUGUACAGGUGGUGAGGAGGAGAGGAAUUGCUGAGACUGGCACCCAAGCUCGUAAUGAUGAACGGCUGGACAGGCAUCAUGUGCGAUCAAGUACACAUGGGCAUCUUGAUGGGAGCAGGGUAAAUGAAGCUCAUCUAUACGUCAGUGCCUCGUACGAGCAGCCCUAUUCAAUGCCGUCGUCUUGA